CUCUCCUACACAAGCGUCUCUUGACCGAAAGAAACAGACUAGGACACUUUUUUCUGAUUUUGAAGACAAGUAGUGUCUUAAAAAGAAAAAAAAAACAAAAACAAAAAUUAACACUUUCUAUUCUGGUCUUAACACCACAGCAUGAGGUCUGAUCCAGAGAGAGUAGUGGAUGAAGAUGAUGAUGAGGUGUCGCCCAUCGAGGAGGUUAGGCUCACGGUGUCCAACACCGAUGACCCGACCCAACCCUUAUGGACCUUCCGGACGUGGUUCCUGGGUCUUCUCUCGUGCUCCCUGCUCUCCUUCCUCAAUCCGAUAUUAACCUAUCGCUCCGCAACUUUGGUCGUGAAUCAGAUUUCCAAUCUGGUCAUAACCUUCCCUCUUGGCCACUUCAUGGCGGCGGUUUUACCCACCACCAAGUUCACAAUCCCAGGGUUCGGGUCCAGGUCCUUCUCUUUCAACCCGGGUCCGUUUAACAUGAAGGAGCACGUCCUCAUCGCCAUGUUCGCCAACGCUGGCAGCGCAUUCGGAGCUAGGUCGCCCUUCGUCGUGUAUAUGGUUAACAUUAUAAAAGUCUUCUACAAACGCAACAUCUCUUUUACUACUUCCUGGCUACUCAUCCUCACAACCCAGAUGCUAGGAUAUGGAUGGGCCGGGCUAAUGAGAAAAUAUGUAGUGGAACCAGCCCAUAUGUGGUGGCCCGACACCCUUGUCCAAGUCUCACUUUUGCGAGCAUUCCAUGAGAAAGACGAGCAUCGAAUUCCACGCACAAAGUUUUUCUUUUUUGCACUACUGUUCUGUUUAUCGUGGUACACGAUCCCUGGAUUCUUCUUCACAACACUCUCAAGCAUUUCAUGGGUGUGUUGGAUAUUCCCCAAAUCAGUUAUAGCUCAAAAGAUAGGGUCGGGCAUGAGCGGUUUUGGAGUUGGAGCCCUCACACUUGACUGGGCUACUGUGGCAUCAUUCUUGCUGAGCCCUCUUGUCUCACCCUUCUUUGCCAUUGUCAAUGUUUUUGUGGGUUAUGCAUCAGUAGUGUAUGUUGUUAUUCCUAUGGCAUACUGGGGCCUCAAUGUCUACAACGCCGAUAGGUUUCCCAUUUUUUCCUCACUCUUAUUUACAGCCCAUGGUCAAGAGUACAACAUAUCUGCUGUUUUAGACAAUCGUUCUGAGUUAAAUGUUGCAGAGUAUGAAAAACAAGGUAGAAUUCAUCUCAGUCUGUCUUUCGCCCUCACUUAUGGCUUUGGAUUUGCCACCAUAGCAUCCACCGUCACGCAUGUCUUCUGCUUCUAUGGAAGGGAGAUUAUGCAGCGUUAUCGCGCACCUUCCGAAAGCAACGAAGAUAUCCACGCAAAAAUGAUGAGAAGAUACAAAGACAUACCUUCGUGGUGGUUUCACUCAUUGUUGGUUGUGACACUUGUGGUUUCUCUAGCACUAUGCAUAUUUCGAAAUGACCAGGUUCAGAUGCCCUGGUGGGGACUUUUAUUAGCUGGAGCUCUAGCUUUGGGAUUUACCCUCCCCGUUAGCAUCAUCACUGCCACCACAAACCACCAGGCAACAGGGUUUAAUAUAUUCACCGAGUAUGUCUUUGGUUUUAUUUACCCCGGAAAGCCAAUAGCAAAUAUAUGCUUCAAAACUUACGGUUACGUCAGCAUGGCUCAGGCUAUCUCUUUCCUCAGUGAUUUCAAACUUGGGCACUACAUGAAAAUCCCCCCAAGAUCAAUGUUCUUAGUUCAGUUCAUAGGUACAAUGCUUGCGGGAACUAUUAACAUUUGGGUAGCAUGGUGGUUGUUGAACUCCAUCAAGAACAUAUGUCGUGAUGAUCUCCUUUCCGCAGACAGUCCCUGGACGUGCCCGAUUGACGGUUUAUUCUUUGAUGCAUCAGUUAUUUGGGGUCUUGUGGGACCGACGCGAAUCUUUGGUUGGGAAGGAAAAUACAGUGCAAUGAAUUGGUUUUUCCUUGUAGGUGCAUUAGGACCCAUAAUUGUUUGGGUAUUGCACAAAGCAUUUCCAAAACACUCUUGGAUUCCACUGAUCAACCUCCCGGUUCUGUUUGGAGCAACUGCAAUGAUGCCGCCAGCUACAACAUUGAACUACAAUUCCUGGAUUUUGGUAGGAACAAUUUUCAACUUUUUUAUCUUUCGUUACAGAAAAAAAUGGUGGCAGAGGUACAACUAUGUUCUGUCAGCGGCACUCGACAGUGGGGUUGCUUUUAUGACCAUCAUACUCUACUCAUUGGGUUUGGAAAUUAAGAGUCCAAAUUGGUGGGGAAAUGAUGGUGAACAUUGUCCACUUGCAGCUUGCCCUACGACAAAAGGCAUAAUCCUUGAUGGUUGCCCUACGAAUCAAUGAUAUGUCUCUGUAGUGGUUUUGCUACAACUAGACCCUGAAAAAACAAGUAGUAAAGUGCAUUAAUUUUAAGUUUUAUACACCUUUUCUAAUUUUUAUUA